AUGGGUUCUGUGACAAUUACUUUGCUAAUGUUGCUAUGUCUAGAAACUUUUAAACUUGGCUUUUCCGCCAGAAACCACAGCAUCACUUGCAUUCAGAGCGAGAGACAAGCUCUUUUGAGGUUUAAGCAAGAUCUCAAAGAUCCUUCAAACCGGUUAGUUGCUUGGACCCAUGAUGGAGAUUGCUGCAAAUGGGAUGGAAUUGUCUGUGAUAAUGUAACUGGCCAUGUUAUCAAGGUCCAACUUGGGAGUUCUCAGGGUGUGUUUGCACCAAAUGCUGAAGCUGAAGCACGUGUAGGGUUGAAGUUGCGUGGUAAGUUGAAUCCUUCCAUGAUAGAUUUGAAGUAUUUAAGUAACUUGGAUCUUAGCAACAAUGAUUUCGGAGAAACUCAAAUUCCCACUUGGUUUUGGCACUUGUCUUCCAAUCAGUACUACCUGAAUAUCUCUCGAAACCAAUUCCAAGGUAGCAUUCCUGAUUUACUCACAAUGCUUCAUCCUUCUGCUGUGAUUGAUCUUAGCUCAAAUAACUUCAGAGGUCCACUACCUCGUCUCUCAUCCAAUGUGACUGCUAUAGAUCUUUCUAACAAUUCCAUGUCAGGAUCUACCUCUCAUUUCUUGUGCUACAAAUCCAAUGAGCCAAUGAAAUUGGAAGUUCUAAAUCUUGGCAAUAAUUUUUUAUCAGGAGAAAUACCUGACUGUUGGAAGAUGUUUCCAAGGUUGGUGGCCAUAAAAUUAUGUGACAACAAUUUCAGUGGUAAGAUUCCAAGGUCCAUGGGAACUUUCACUUUUCUUCAAUCAUUACACAUGCGCAACAACAUUCUAGUUGGUGAAGUACCCUUCUUUCUAAAAAAAUGCAGUGAAUUGCUUACUGUUGACUUUGGUGCUAAUCAACUCUCCGGAUAUAUACCACCAUGGAUGGGAGAAAGGUUAUCAAAAUUAAUCAUCUUCAGCCUUCGGACAAACAAGUUUAAUGAUAACAAUUUAUCAGGUGAGAUCCCUGAGGAGGUGACAAAUCUUGUAGGCUUGCAAUCAUUGAAUUUCUCACAUAAUCUUUUGGUUGGAACCGUUCCUGAGAACAUUGGUGCAAUGGAAUCAUUAGAAUGA